AUGAGAACUGUCAAAAUUUUGCAGGAAGUACUCACAUGCAACGCUGUUUACAAUAGCAAUUCGCGACGUUUUCGGGUUUGUUGUGGCACAGUGCUAUUGUUUUUUUCUUAUUCGUCCCGUUUUCCAUAAAAUGCCUCCCGUGGUCGCCGGGGUCGUGCAACUGUGCUCGUGAUCUCGGACUGGGUAUCGUGACGGCGGAUUUGCGUAACGCAGCCAUGGGCGCAAAGGCGAGCACCGCGAACGGAGAGCAGAGCCCGCGCGCCAGGACAUUCUCGACCAGCUCCAGCUCCGACGUGGUGUCGGGGAGCGCGGGGUUCAGCCUGCUGCGCGCCAUUCCUGGGAUACAGCUGGCGAGUGACAGGCAGCGCGCGCGGUCCCUGUCGUCAGUGCCUGAUCUUCACGCGUCGCACGAGGCGAUCGCCAUCCCGCCCAACUCGCAGAGCUACGAGGCGUCCGCGGCAGCCAGCCCCGACACCGACUCCAGCUCCAACGAGGACGUAGGCCCGGCGGCGGGCGCGGCGCUGGCGCUCGGCCGUGUGUACGCCGCGCACUCGCUGCCUUCGCACAUCUGGUCCCUAAACGGAAUCAAAUGCCCCGUGUGCAGCAAAUUCGUGCUGCCCGACGACAUCGAGUGCCAUCUCGUCAUGUGCCUGACGAGGCCGAGGCUCUCCUACAAUGAGGACGUGCUGAGCGACUCGAAGGGCGAAUGCGUGAUCUGCCUGGAGGAGCUGGUGGCGGGCGACACCAUCGCGCGCCUGCCCUGCCUCUGCAUCUACCACAAGGGAUGUAUAGACCAAUGGUUCGAAGUGAACAGAUCAUGCCCCGAGCACCCCGGCGACUAGGCGCCGCGCGCACCGCCUCCCCGGCCUCGAGCGCCCCGGCAAGGCCCGGCGCGAGGCCCGCCCCGGCGAGGCCCGGCGCGAGGUCCGACGCGAGGCCCGCCCCGGCGAGGCCCGACGCCUCCGGCCGCGUCCGUCAAGUGCCAUGUCGCGAGUGAUAUAAUUUUAUACAAUGAACUGACUGCCCUGUGGGCUUGUAAAUAUAAACUUAUGCUAGUGAGAUGUUUUACCGUUUAAUGAAUUUACGAUUAAAACGAAAACAAAAAUAAAAAAAUACAAAGACAAUUCUAUUAUAGUAAAACGCUAAUGGGAAUUUCUCGGUGGAGUAUUAUAACUAUGGAAUAUUAUAAUUGAACAUUUUACAUCGUUACGUUUACUUUAUGUUCUGACGCAGCGGCGCCGCUCGCGCGCUAGGAGCGCUUGUGCAAUGGACGACUGACACGACAGACUGACAUGAGUGAUGAGUUUACGCCGUCAAUAUCUAUGCUUGGUUAGAAAAGGUAAUGCCCAUCCCCGGCCCAGGCCUACCCUAACCACCCGGCAAUUUACGUAUAUCUAAAAAAAUCUUGAUAAUUCUACUUUAACAUUAAAGUCAUUACUUAAUCAAAAAAAGUUUGUAACAACGUUUUACGACAUUUUUAAUUUUUCCACAACGGGGACAAGCAAACAUCGUUGACCAAACAGCCUGAGCUUUACGAUAUUUUUACAAAACUUAUUAUAUGAUUGGUUUGUUUGUUUGUUCGUUUUUUAUUUGUUAAGCUUGUUGGUAACAGAAAAAUAAUAAAAUAAAUAAAUAACUGCGCAGCUUUGGUACAUCGGCGAACAUUUUGCCCUAGAAAGGUAAUGACAAAAAUGUGUUUUUCCUCAAGAACCAUAUUUUUAUUAAGCCCUUUAUUUAACCAGAUCCUUAUUUAUACAUCACACUAUCAUCUCCUAUACUUUUAUUCGGGGUACACCUGGGUUCCCUGGGCCGACUGUAUGGGCCGAUGGGCAUUUACCUUAGUGCUUUUCUUUAGGGAAUGGUCUGUCCAUCCACUUGUCCAUUUUAUAAUUACAUAUUUAUCUCUGUCGCCUGUUUUGUGAGUAAAUUGGAUACUCCGCAAGUUUGUGCGCUUUCAUUUUAACUUUGCGCUUAGCGCAUGCAUGUAAUGCUAAACGACGGUGAGACGCAAGUUGAAGACUAAAGCGUACAAAUGUGGACACGUCUACCGUUUAAGGAGGCGAGAUGAGUAAUAAAAAAAAACUGUUUAUUUCAAGCCUUGGUGACUUAUGACCCUUAGUUGUAAACAAAUAAUGUAAACAAAUUGAAAGUAUGACUGCUGACGACAGAUAAGGACGUGUUUACAUUAUCUCGCUUCGUUAAACUUACAGCCCGAUGCAAACUUCAUGCAAUUACGUGCGGUUGUCGCGACGCAGGUCGUGUAUAAAGUAUGAUAAAAUCAGUGGUCUGCAGUUCAAACAUGCUUUGAAGUACUCCAGUGGCGUGCAUUAGGUGGCCGAUAAGGGUAUGCUCUAGUAAUAAAAUUAAGCAAACUAUAAAUUAGGGUAUAGCCCUAAGAGUUGUCUUCUUAGUUUGUCUUAGUGCUUAUUAAAUUCAUUUUUUUUCAAUUUGCUUAAUUUUAUUACUACUGCAUACCCUGAUCGACAACCUUAUGCACGCCACUGGAUAAAAUCAAGACGGGUGGAAGAGAAGCGCGCGCGGGGUGAUGUUAUGCCGUUGCGUCGGUACGUUACCACGGAUGCCUAAAGUUUUGCAUUGCUCGCACAAUGUCCGAAACGUCAUGAAGUUUGCACCGUACUAUACUUUAGGUCCGUAUUAACAGACGUUACUCAAGUGCACGCACACCAGUGCAAUGUUGCGUUCAUCACAAAUAAUCAUCAUCACAAUUAUGAUCUCAAGUAACGAAACUUUAGUGUGACGUAAAAGAGUACAAGUUAAUAAAAUUGGAACUAAUAAACUCGCUGUGUGGCAACACCACAUUUACUGUCAUUAACACAACGAUCUGUCAUUAUAGUGGAAAUUCGGAUAACUUACCAGAAUUAGAAUAAAUAUAAUUUACUUAGAUGAUUUGAAUUUAAUAAAUGUAAAUCAUGAAAUCGGCUAUCUUAGUACCCAUACCAUAACAUGGUGAUGCUUACUUCAGGGCUAGAUAGUAAGUAUUUUCCAAAUAUUAGUUUAUUUAUAUUAGAUAUUAAUAUAAUUUUCAACAAAUCAUCUUAUUCACUAUAAAAAUAUAAUAUUAUUUACGUAUAGAACAGAAUAUCAAUUAUUAUCAAGUAUCAAGGUAGUUGCAAUCCUCAUUUAUGUUCUACUCUUUUGUGUCGUACAUAGCAAUAUUGACGAACGUCUAUUAAUAUUGGCUUUAGUGGCUGAGAUGCGAAGUUAUAGUCUGGCAGAUUUGUUGAUAACACUCCCAUGAUAUGCGGGCGACAGGGGGAAAGACUGCGCGGGUGUGAAAUCGCGUCGCAGUCGUGGGUUUUUCAUUCAUCGCUACACGCCCCCCAGCCCGCGUGCAACAUCGAGGGUGUUACGAACGAAGUUGCCAAGCUAUAGUCAUUUAAACUGGCGAAGACCAAAAGAUAUAAUAAGCCCGCUUACUGUAACCGAGAGCGAGGUAGGUAGGUACGGAGAGGGCAGCGCGAGCCGCGGCGCCGCACAUGUAUGUAUGUAUAUUGUGUAUAUUGUAGGACGUCCUGUGUUGCAGCGACUCGGCGCCGCAGUACAUAUCUGUUCCGUAGCUUAUGUAUAAUGAUAUCAUUUGAUCUUUUUCAUCUUGAUAAAUAAAGUUGAUUUGUUUCUAAAUUUU